UCAAUAGUCAAAGACCACACUGGCAUUCAAGGCAGGUGUGACGUAAAAAUGGAUAGUGUAAUCAGGUAAUUACGGCUAAUCACAUUUUGUGAUGUUGCGGUUCAUACAUAGCCUUUCCUUAUCUACCUCCGCGCAUAGCUUCCUCCUCUGCAUUAUUAUGUCCACCUCAGUUCCCUUUGGUCCUGAGCUCCGCGUUUGCAGCCGUGUCGACUCUAUUAAAACCCUGGAUGUUGUUCUCCAUUGCAGCAGUGACGACAACUCUACACAACAGUAGCUUGUAAAAUGCGCUCGGACUUCCCAUGAGACCGUGAUAGGUACUAAACUGUUGCAGGUCGUUUCACAGCAGCUUGCCGGGCAUUAAAAUAGAAGAGUGCUGAACGGGCGAGAAUGGUUUGUUUCAAUGUGACGUUUCAGUUAAAUGUGAUUGAUUUAAUUUACUUGAUGUGUGGAUGCAUCACCAACACACAACAUUUUAAGGCAUAGUGGCGAAUGCGUAGUACAAGCGCGCUCCUCUGUUUCAAUACAAGGGGGUCUUUGGGAAGAGUGCUGAAUUCACAUCCGAUGUCUGUCAGAAGUUCGGUCUGAAUAAGAUGACGCAUCUUUGCAGCUCUGAUUGAGGGAUUUUUCUUUGGCUCGAUUAAAUUAAGCGGGUCAUAUGAUUUAGUUUUUGGAGAAGGAGUCUAACGUGUAACUACACGAGUGUCGGCAGUGCCGGGCGUCGCUCCGUUGGAGCAGAGCAGCAUCCACCCCCCGAGUCAGAAAGCACAUCAGUACGGGACCGAAGGAAGAGGGAGAACUCUACGACUCGCCUCCGGCGGAGCCAUGGGCUCAACAGCGGUGGCAGCCCGCCCCCACCUCCUAAUUAUUUACCUGCUCCUUUCCCUGGCAGCAGGCUUUGGAAGUCAUCCCACCGAGGGAUCUGCGGCAACAGGGCAGACUGACCUUCAUGCACCAAGCCAGUUGGAAGCUCACCUACCAGAAAGGAUUGCUGUUGAUGAGACGGAAUCAGUGACAUUGGAGAGUGACUCCAUGCACCAUCAUGAAGAUCUUCCAUUUCCAAUGCUGGACAACACUCUAUCAGACUACUCUGACAUGGCUUGGCUCUUUACAUCCUGUGGGGCGAGUGGUCCGAACGGCCCCACCCAGGUACAGUGCAACAACGCCUACCGUCAUACCAAUGUCUCCGUGGCGAUCGAAACAGAAGGACCUCUUAAGGGCAUCCAGAUGUGGCGAGUGCCAGCAACCAACAAAUACUUGGUGUUCGCUUACGGAGCGGCAGGGGGCAAAGGAGCCCAGAACAGCAACAAGAGAUCACAUGGCAUCAUCAUUUCAGCCAUCUUUCAUCUGAAGAAGGAUGAACUUCUUUAUAUCCUCAUUGGGCAGCAAGGAGAGGAUGCUUGCCCUGGGAAAGACCAAGUGACUCAGAAGAUCUGCUUGGGAGAAUCUUCCAUCAUUGAAGAUGACUACAACAAUAAUAAAGCCAUGUUAGAAUGGGCAGGAGGUGGAGGUGGAGGUGGUGGAGCAACAUACAUUUUUAAGAUGGAGAAUGGCACACAAGUGCCAUUGAUCAUUGCGGCAGGUGGGGGAGGAAAGGCGUACCUGGAAGACCCAAGUUACUCGAUGGAUGUCCAUGUAAUGGAACAAUAUGAAAAUGAUACAUCAGUGCCUGGAUACAAUGGCCAAGUUGGGGCAGCAGGUGGAGGCGGAGGUUGGAAUGAUGUCACAAAGUUUCCCUGGUCAGGAAAAUCUCUAGUGGAAGGUGCGAGUGGGGGCAGUGCGUGCCCCCGGGCAUUGAAGAAGCUGGGGUGGGCAACACAUGGUGGAUUUGGAGGGGGUGGUGGAGCUUGUACAUCUGGAGGAGGAGGUGGUGGAUACACAGGUGGGAAUGCAUCAAAAACUGAUCACAUUAGUGCCGAUGGCCAUGACGGAAUUUCAUUUGUUCAUCAAGCUGGAGAGCUUUACUUGCUCCCAUUAGCAGCAAUGGAAAGCCAUGGAGAAGCUGAAAUUCGGAUCCAUAUCAACUGCAGCCACUGUGAGUCGGACAACUGCUUCUGGGAGAGAAAGUCAAAGAAGAUACUGUGUCUGUGCCUGGGUGGCAAAAUUUUAGCCCAGGAUAACGUUAGCUGCACAGUUCCUGGAGGCAUCAUUCCAGAAGGCCAUCUUCCUUCCUCCCUAAUAAUUGCCGUGGUUACGUCCACCAUUGUUACUGGAGUAGUUCUAACCUGUGCUGGACUUGCUCUCAUUCACUAUCGUAAGAACAACAGGCUGGCAGCGGUGAGGGUGAAGCUGCAGAGCUCGGAGUACAAGCUGAGCAAGAUUAGGACUUCAACCAUCAUGACGGAUUACAACCCGAACUACUGCUUUGCGGGCAAGGUGGCGUCACUCAACGAACUCAGGGAGGUACCCAGGAGGAACAUCUCCUUGCUGAGGGCUCUUGGUCAUGGCGCUUUUGGUGAGGUGUAUGAGGGCCAUGUGGUUGGAAUUGGUGGUGAGUCAGCCCCUUUACAAGUGGCAAUCAAGACUCUGCCAGAAAUCUGUUCCGAGCAAGAUGAAAUGGAUUUCCUGAUGGAGGCUUUGAUUAUCAGCAAGUUCAACCACCAGAAUAUUGUCCAGUGUAUUGGUGUGAGUCUCCAAGCCCUGCCUCGAUUUAUCCUACUGGAACUGAUGUCUGGAGGAGACAUGAAGACUUUUCUCAGAGAAAACAGGCCUAAAGCUACACACACAUCCACAUUGACAAUGCUGGACCUUCUGAGCAUGGCCAAGGAUAUAGCUUGUGGCUGCAAAUACCUGGAAGACAACCAUUUCAUUCACCGGGACAUUGCAGCAAGGAAUUGUUUAUUAACCUGCACUGGACCCAAGCGAGCAGCUAAAAUUGGAGACUUUGGGAUGGCUCGAGACAUUUACAGGGCGAGUUACUACAGGAAAGGUGGGCGCGCAAUGCUGCCAGUCAAGUGGAUGCCUCCAGAAGCUUUCCUUGAAGGGAUUUUCACUUCAAAGACAGACACAUGGUCAUUUGGGGUGUUGCUGUGGGAGAUCUUAUCUCUCGGAUACAUGCCCUAUCCCUGCAAGAGCAAUCAGGAAGUUUUGGAGUUUGUGACAAAUGGUGGAAGGAUGGAUCCCCCUAAGAACUGUCCCGGACCCGUAUAUCGUAUCAUGACCCAGUGCUGGCAGCAUUCACCCGAACAUCGACCAGAUUUCUCCACUAUUUUGGAAAGAAUUAACUACUGUACCCAGGAUCCGGACAUUGUGAACACACUCCUCCCUGUUGAGAAUGAGCCUUCCUGCGAAGAAGAAGGAGGUACAGUGAUACGGCCCGACAGCUCCAGCGGUCUGACCCCCCUGAAGGUCGAUACAAACCUUGCGCCUCAAAUUACCUGUCAGGUGCCCGAGUUCCUGCCUUCUGGGGCAAAGCUUCAGUGCCCUCGGGAGCCAUUGAAGAGGGGCAACUUUGGUGGCUGCGUGGAGACGGGCUCGCUUGGCCGCGAUUGGCAGUGCCAAGGUCCCGAGGCCAGUACCCGGCCCGAUGCUAAGCCUCGGCGAGGGCAGGCGCUACAGAACCACUCCAAAACCCUCUGGAACCCCACUUACGGCUCCUGGAUCUCCGAGAACUGCAGCCAAGCCGCGGCGGCGGAAGCGGGUGGGAAGCCCCCUGCCUCCCCCGAGCACGAUGACUCGGGACUGGAUUGCAACGGCAGCUCCCCGCCCAGCUCUCGGGAGUCGCCCUCCCCAAUCGGUCACUAUACCCCCCUGGAGAUAGGUGGGCUGGCGCUGGCCAAGCUGCACAGCUUCCCAUGCGGAAACAUAAACUAUGCUUACGACAGUCUGGGCUGCGACACUGAUGGGGAGCGAAUCUCAACGGACGCCGUUGACGAGGAUGGUCCCAAGCCGAAGACCCUGCCCCUGAAUAAAGAGAUGGAUUGUAUCAGCAACCCGGAGAAGGUGACGAGAGAUCGCGACUCGGGCCUCUCGCUGUCUGAGGACCUCAGCAUCACCCCCGUGUAGAAGCCAACCCCCUUGCAUGAAUUAGCCAAGUUCGGCCUGAGUGUUGAAGUAAAAUAUACCAUUUCCAUUGACCACUGCACCCAGAUUAUCAAGUAGCCGCUUUACGUCAAUCUUCAAGAUAAGAUUGGAAGGCUGUUCGGUCGCUAGUCAGAAAAUUAUCGCCCUGCAUACUGUAUUUGUUUUACUGCUGAGAACGUCCUGGACUCUGCGGUCAUCGCUUACUGGCGCUUCAGAGACUUUCCCUGCAGAUCUCGUCGACGAAUAUGGAACACGCGACGAAUCGCCCCGUCAAACCAGUGAAGUAACCUCACACAGCGGAGAGAAACAGUUGAAAACUGAUGUUAAAGAUGACACUCUCGCUCUCCAAAAUAUAGGACCAGAUGUGGGAUCCCGCAUCUUCAGGAGUUACUAAUACAGACUGGAGUUACAUUUCCAACGUUCCUCCUAGCACUCUACCUUAUCCAAUUUAAUUCCCAACUACAAACACCAGUUUUGAAGUAGUGUCCUUAAAUUAACUGAGAUGCAUGUCUCUGGAAUUCGCAUUUAAAUGCAGUUAGUGAGCCAUUGCCUAUCUGUGGUAAGCAUUCAUCAAAAUAUUUUUUGAUUAGAAAGCACUUAUCAACGCGCGUGAAAUGAAGACAGGAAGUAUAAUAUUUUGAGAUAGUCGGGCCAGGAACGGAAGCAAGUGUUUUCACUGUCUCUGAAACAAAAGUGUAACCUGCUUAUCGUUCUGUUAAAUGCUUGCAGGGGUUCCCAAUCUGGGAUCCACAGACCCUCGGCUUAAUGGUAUUGGUCCAUGGCGUAAAAAAGUUUGGAACCCUUGCCUUGCAGCUUCAUUUUGAAAAUUUAUUUCUGAUUUUUCGGUAGAAGGCACCCUUUAUCUUGAAACGGGAAAUGAACUAUUUGACUCAACAUGUGCGGCGUUGUAAAUGAGGGCUUCUUUAAUCUUCUUUGACCACACGUCCUCACGAAAGAAGAGCUAACGUGAAAACGUUGGCUUCACGUUGCACUGCCGCGUCUCCCACUAGGGGGCAAUGUCGAACGGAAGGACGCGAUUUUACUUUCCAGAGCCCGUGGAAACAGUUUCGACCUGAAUUACCGCCCGCCCGUUUCCCUGCGUAGAUUCUGCCGGAUGCACGGUUCCUCCGGCGCUUUGUACAUUGUCCAGAUUGUUAGCGCCUGCGGUCAAAGAUGUCUCGAUUUUAUGUUCACUGUUUUGCAUACGCCUUGCUGCUUCGCUAAAGAGAGAUCGGAGGACAUGAGCAACGAAUUGGAAUGGGUCAUUCACCCGGUAACCAACAGAAUUAAAGAGAUCGUUUCAAGAGCAAAUCCAAAUCUCUUCUGACCCAGCACACCUUCUAACACGGCAACAUUGAAGCUGAACAUCGAAACAGGAAAGCUCCGAAUAAGGUUUCUUGAAGAACAAAAGAAUUGGGAUCUUUGCAGCAAAUUGUUAUCCAAAGUGUUUGAACUGGGUCAGCAAUUUUUUUUGCGGUAUUACCUUUGCACAUCAUUUUUAACAACGGGGUCACUUGAACAAACACUUCAUAUAGCAACCGUGGCCGGCAAUGUUGUCAUUUACAAAUUCUGUUAUCCUUCCCCUGUAAUCUUUCAUACUGUCUGUGCAAUGCGUACUCAUCCUUCCACUAUCUCUAAUUACAACUUAACAACCCCUCUGUCGUUUCCUUAACAUCUCGCCUCACCUCCUUCCGUUUGACCUCUUUCCUGCUUCCAUUCUCCAAUGCCCUAUCGCUCAUCUUUUCACUUUUCACCGCUCCGUCACCUCUCCUAUUCUUCACACAGCCUUCUGUCCUGACGAAGGGUCUCGGCCUGAAACAUCGACAGUGCUUCUCCCUAUAGAUGCUGCCUGGCCUGCUGUGUUCCACCAGCAUUUUGUGUGUGUUGUUUCUGUCUGCUCUACCUCUUUCCACCCCUGUGCUCUCCUCUCCUUACAAACUCACCGUUCUCUUCCCUGAUCCUCAUUUUACAUUAUCCCUCAAGCUAUUGCCCUUCUUUGACCCUUUCUCUCCAACCUUUCCCUUUAGUCCCUGUUUAGUUUCAAGGUUCAGUAAACAUUUUGGUUACUGUCAGGAAACGUUGUGUAUACAAAUAAACUCUCCUUGGGCUUCCAGCCUGGUACGGGUAUCAAUUUUAACAGAAAUUUCGAUGACAAACUCUACCAUCUCCACCAGGGAUGGUGAUGGCAGAGUUUGUCAUCUGACAUCAACAGCACCAGGUUCAGAAAAUGUGUCCAUCCCAAGUAGUUUCUGCAGGAGAUGUUAAUGGGGGUCACUUAUGUUAAGUCCUUCCAAAAUCAGUUGUUUUGUCUGGAAUUAUUUCUUUAUGAAGGUUAGCAAGGCGAAUUCCAUACCAGUGCUACACUUUCCAAGAUGAUUUCUGACGGUGAGCACUAACAGAGUGUGUUACCACUUUUGGUGACUCAUGAUAGUGCAGUCACUGGAAUUCGAAGUGACAAACAGCAUGCUGGGGGAGCUCAGCAGGUCAAGCUGGAUUCAUGGGGUGGUGGUGGGGCCUUUAUAGGAAUUGUGGAUACUUUGGGUGGAAACAUUACAUCAAUCCCUCCAGUAGAUUCUGUUGUACCAUUUUUGGUGGUAUAGUAAUAGUCCUGCUGCCUCACGGAUCUGGGGAUCCGGGUUUGAUCCUGGCCUCGGGCACCGUCUACACAUUUUCACUGUGACUGCACGGGUUACGUCCAGCUGCUUUGGUUUCCACCCACGUCCCACAUGCUAGUAACUUAAUUGGCCACUACAUGUGCCCUCUUGGUAUACUGAGCAGCAAAAUGUUUGAUUAAUGAGCAUGUGAGACAAUGUUUUUUAAGGCCUGAUGGCAGCUCUCAUGGACUUAAUGGGCCAAAUAGUUUCCCUUUAUUUAUCAUAAGAAGUAAGUACCAAUCUUUUGUGGUAGAUUAGGUUCAGAACUGCAUUCAGCUAAGCCUGUGAACUGCGGUUGGAUAAUUUCUGCAGUUUUUUAAAAUAUAUAUAUUACUGUAGCUAGUUCACACAGAAUUGAGACCAAAUGGCCACAAUUAGUGCAGAGUGCCAAUGAUUUAUCUAAGGUAACACUGGCCACUGACAAGUGAGACUGGGAGAUGCCCUCUGCAGCUGAUUGAGGCAACAGCAUGGGCCCUUUGAUCACCACUUCAACCCCCACCCCGCAUGAGAUGACUCUUUCUGAGUCAGUGACAAAGUGUGCGGGUUAUCUCUGGAACCCUUGGCCUCUACCAGCAGUGGAGGAAAUCUUACCUGCCUGACAUUUUUAAAAAGAUCCUUCCUUUUCCCUUUCCAACAUUUUUGAAAUAAAACAAUUUUUUUUUUUAAAUUGCCGAUAUAUUUUCUUUGUUUCGUUAUCAUUUUGAAUUCAGAACAAUUCCAAUGAACUGGUAUUCUUAAUUUAAUGUCAUGAUUUAUGUUGAUACUUUUGGUCUCUAAGGUGGCUUUUAUAUUAGCUGGUGUGAGGGGAUUAACUACUGAAAACAAACAGGAAUGUGUUUUAUAGACAUCCUGAAUGCUAAUAAAACUGUAUUAGGUAGUUAAAACACUGUUAAGUUAUUUUAAAUCAAUAGUUAUUGUUAUAGUUUCUACAAAUUCUGUCAUUGGUAGAGUUUACUAAAUGUCUAUGCUGUUAAAGUUGUAGUUGGAUUAAGUUGCCAUACUGUAUUCCUGUAACAUUAAUCAAUGCCAAGAAAUUGGAGUAUUUCCUUUGGUAUGCUAAUGUGCUACAUAUUAUGCUGAUGCCUACUCCGAAGUCUUGAAAAUAUUUGCAAAACUAGCCAAAAAAAAGCAGUACAACUCCAACAAUCCUGCAUUUGAAAUUCAGAGAUCAAGAUGAUCUGGCAUCUGGCUCAUUCAUUGGUCCAGGAAUGUGAGACAAGGAUCCAAAGUGCAAGCUGGAAACACGGCCAGAGCUGGGGACUGAUUGGUCAAACCAAAUCUCAUGUCUUACAGAAUGUGAAUGGUUUAACUCAAACUUGAUAUUUAUUAAUACUGUGAAUAUUCGAAGCAAAUUUCUGCUGGGUUGUUGAUGAUUGUUUUUUAAAAAAAGACCCCACAGUCACUAAAAUGUUAACACUAGGUGGUUUCUAUUGAUUUAGGUAUCUUUUUCUUGGUAAUCUCUAUACAGGACACUUCAGAAGAUGCAUUGUUUUCAUUUACAAGUAGAAGUUCAUUAAAGCUUAUUUACACCAAACUAACAACUUCCUUGAAAGCUUCUUUGCUGAUUGCGCUGCUCACCUUGGGACAUCACAGGACAGAUCUACUCAAACUGCCCAGCAACUGGGAUCAUGAUGUGUAUUUCUGCAUUUUCCUCACCAUCUCAAAGCCAAGGAAGAGGAAGUGAUCGCUAACAUUCCUACAUCGGAUCAUGGUUCAUGACAUAACUCUGGAGUCAUGAACGGAUAGUGCAGGUGGUAGUGAGGGUAACAGCCCAUAUGAUGCAUCAAAAGAUAACUGGAAAUGAAGGAGGACGGACAAGGGCAGAUCAUAACUUUAUCUGUCGGCUGGUGCAUACAAUGUACUUAAUUAUCCAGGGUAUCUUAUUACUUUCCCCUUGUACUACCUCAAUGUACUUGUGUUUGAAAUGAUCUGUAUGGAUGGCUGCAAAACUAAGAUUUUCACUGUAUCUCAGUACAUGACUAUA